AUGGCGCUAAAUUUGCCGACUUCGUGCCCCAUUUUCGCUCCACCGGUGAACCCGAACCCGGCCCACAACCCGAUACAUACCCGCCCGCCCACGGAGGUCCGAUUCGCGCGGUGGAACAACGCCAACGCCGAGAAAUUCAACCAGCGCCGCCGCGCCCAGCAGGAAAUCGAGGACGACUUCCGCCGCGAGCGCCGCUUCGACUCCGCCACCAGAAUCGCCACCGUCUCCGUCGCCGGCUCCUCCACCUCCGACGCCGAGACCGCAUUCAAGUCCAUCGGCACGCCUUCGUCUCCGUCACGGCCUUCAAUUCCGGGCAAGAAAUCAAAGUACUCCGAAAACCCUAACCCUAACCCUAGCUCGCACCCGGCGUUUCGCCGAGUCAUCAAGCCCACGAAGCUCUCGAGCAUCACCAGAGAGAAGCCGGAAGUCGACCGGAAAGCCAACAUCUCAAUCGGCGACGACGGGCUGUCCUACGUCAUCGACGGCGCGCCGUUUGAGUUCAAGUACAGCUACACCGAGACGCCGAAGCAGAAGCCGAUUAAGCUCCGGGAGCCGCCGUACGCGCCGUUCGGCCCAACCACGAUGGGCCGGCCGUGGACGGGUCGGGCCCCAUUGCCGGCGAGCAAGAAGAAGAUGAAGGAAUUCGACUCGUUCCAGCUGCCGCCGCCGCACAAGAAAGGGGUGAGGCCGGUGCAGUCGCCGGGCCCGUAUUUGCCCGGGUCGGGUCCUAAGUAUGUCAAGUCCAGGGAGGAGAUAUUGGGCGACCCGUUGACCGAUCAGGAAGUCAAAGACUUGGUUAAUGGCUGCAUCAAGACCAGGAGGCAACUCAAUAUGGGUAGAGAUGGUUUGACACACAACAUGCUGGAUAAUAUUCAUGCUCAUUGGAAGCGGCGCAGAGUGUGCAAGAUUAAAUGUAAAGGAGUGUGUACAGUCGACAUGGAAAAUGUGUGCCAGCAAUUAGAGGAAAGAACUGGAGGGAAAAUUAUUUAUAGAAGAGGUGGUGUGAUUUUUCUUUUCCGGGGGAGGAAUUACAACUAUAAGACUCGGCCGCGGUUUCCUCUCAUGCUUUGGAGACCAAUCACUCCUGUGUAUCCUAGAUUGAUUCAGCGGGCUCCUGAGGGUCUAACGGUUGAAGAAGCAACUGAAAUGCGCAAGAAGGGGAGGGAUCUGAUACCAAUACGCAAGCUAGGAAAAAAUGGAGUGUACUCUGACCUGGUAGACAAUGUCAGAGAGGCCUUUGAAGAGUGUGAACUAGUGCGAAUUGAUUGUCAAGGGAUGAAUGGCAGUGACUACCGAAAAAUAGGUGCUAAAUUAAAGGAUCUUGUCCCUUGUGUGCUAAUUUCCUUUGAACGCGAGAGCAUUCUUAUGUGGAGAGGACGGGAAUGGAAGUCAUCUCUCGUAAAUCCGGAGAGUAAUCUUAAGGAAGUCAAAGAGUCUAAUGUUGAUGAUUCACCUUCAAUUGCACUUUCCUUGGAAGGUGAAGAUGCAUCGACAGUAUGUGCUUUUACAGGUUCAGUCAAGGACGCAAAUCCUGAAAUGAUCGACACUAGUAUAUCCUCUUCAAUUGCUGAAGUUGUGGGUGCAGAGGGAACUGAGGAUCCAUCCCCUUCACCAUAUAUUGAGCCACCUGCCAUAAUUGACACAGUUUCCGACGUGGGAAGCACUUGUGAAACUGUAACCAUAUCGGACAUCAAAGGCUUUAGAGAUGAUGAAGCAGAACUGAAUAUGAAGGCCUAUAGCAGUUUGGUCAUACCAGAAGAUACCAGCUACGCAGAUGAUGAGUCAGAAACAAUUUCCAGUACAUCUGGAACUGAAGACAUAUUGGAUAAUACACGCCAUGCUGAUGAAGCUUCACCAACUACAUCAGUGGGGACUGGGGCCAUUCUAGUAACUGUUGAAAACACUGAAACAAAGUUGAAUACCCUCAUGGAGUCCCCUGGUAGUAACAAGACUCCGCAAGAUGCUUCUGUAGCUUCACAAAAUCUCAAUGAGCGAGCAAAGUUGUGUGCAGCGUGCAAAGAGAAAGUGUUGUCACUCUUGAAUGAAGCUGUUGGGAGUGGGAGUGCACUUAUUUUAGAUGAUUCGUCGUUGGAUGCUGACAUCAUAUAUCAGAGAGCAGUUGAUCUCGCCAAGUCUGCUCCGCCUGGGCCAGUGUUUAAGCAUCGAUCUAGUAGAGGUUCAGCUCAAAUGAGGAAGAAGCUAGUAGUAAGAAAACAGAAGCAAGAAGCCACGGAGUUGGAAGUGAAAGAGAUUACAGUUUAUGAUAUGCAAAGAAAUUUGGGCGAGAAGAAGAGAAGUGAGAGGAAGGAUUCCAAAGUUCACAGAACAAGAACAAGAGAUUUUGGUGAACCUCUAGAUAGCAUUGUACCACAAGGAAGCCUGAGAGUCGAUGAACUUGCUAAGCUAUUAGCAUGAUAUGCAUCUUAGCACUCUGUAGAUGUAAUUUUGCAUAUGCAAUGGUGUAUAGAAUUUUUGGUGAUACAUUCAUUCUGCCUCAUAAUCUUACAUGCCUUCGC